GGAUUCUCCCGCCCUACCAAGUACUGGCGAGUAGGCCGCCUGUACGUACAGCUUUUGGGAACUUGGCUGUGUGGCUGUGUCUCUCUGCGGGUUUGGAAACUAGCGUCGUUGCGAUAUCUCAUGCCCACUACUUCCGCUGGAACUGUCGACAACAACCUGGUCAUCAAACAUAGUCAGGAGAAGUGUCCCCCUGCAAGCACCUUGCACUACGAUGAUAUCUCAGGAUGCACCAGCCACGAAUCAGCCAACCUUGAUUGUGCCAUCGUUGCAGCCUUUGUCUCGGCCGCACACAAACGUCGAGCUCGAGUUCGACUCUGGUAUCAAUAGCUCUGCCGCAUGGACCGCGUCCGACGCUGCAAAGCAAAGUAGCAGCGCCAGCGCGGAAGACCCGAAUAUACUUUCCGACGACGAGGGAGAUGACGAGCCCGAUCUUGACACUGCUGAAGGCCGUCCGGCACGCGCACUUUACGCGUUCGAGGGAAGGGCGGAGUUCAGGGAGUUGGUGUGCGUGGAGGCCGGCGAUGAGUUGGAGGUCCUGAAGGAAGACGUCGGGGACGGAUGGAGUCUCGUCAAGCUGGCAAAGUGCAGGAACGCGAACGGGCACGAGGGUGAGAUAGGGCUGCUGCCGCAGUCGUACUACACCCUCCCUGGUGUUAUCAUCCCUUCCUUGCACACUCGCACGAAGAGCCGCCGCGAAGCCUCAGGCUCCUCUAUCACACCCAGGGGUUCGCCUACGCGUACGUCCUCUGCAACACCUCUCAUCCCGCAAACCACCGGCGAGUGGUUCCCGAGCUUCCGUCGCAGCCUCCUUGGCGGUCGCUCUCUCAACCGAUUCUCAAGUUUCGUUACCAGCGGUGCAGAGGACUUCGUAUUGCAUGGUAGUGCAGAAGAAGAACCGAUACCGUCAGCGAGUCACAGCAGAGAUGAUGGGAGCAAGCGCGAAAGUAUUCUGGGCGGUAGUGGGGAGACAGAGAAGCACUUCGUGGAGAUGGGGCCGGCUUGGAAGAGCAAGCUACCUCCCUUCCACGUCCUGGUACACUCGCCGAGCAAGAGGAGCUCAGGCAUCACAGGACCGUACACGGUCUACACACUGACGUCCGUUUUUGACUCUCCAGACACGUCCCACUCGCAUCUACGAUACGAUGGAACAAAUUCGGCGACGGAGCCAACGAGUAUCACCGUGCAGCGACGGUUCUCGCACUUUGUUGUGCUGCAUACGGCGUUGACGAGGCGAUUGCCGGGAAUCGCACUUCCACCGCUGCCGGAGAAACAGUACGCUGGACGGUUCAACGAUGAAUUCGUCGAGGCAAGACGAGGGGACCUAGAGCGCUACAUUAACCGUGUUGUGAGGCAUCCGGUGGCUCGGUAUGCAGAGGUGCUCACGUUCUUCUUGAGCUGUGAAAGUGAUGUGGAGUGGAAGAAGCAGCUUCCUCACUAUCUGUCGCUGCCUCCCAAAGGACCGUCGUUCUAUGCGCAGGUCUAUCACCAGCGUUCAAUCACACGAAGGCAGUGGCAAGGGUGUGCAGGGCUGCGAAACAUAUUCGGCAGGGUUCGAGAGGCUCGGGUCGAUGUCCAGUGCCGAACGCCUGCUUUCUACUCCCUUUUGUCAUUGAUCACAGCCAAGCCGCUCGCGUCUUCGUCCGCUAACCCUGCGUCGCCUCAUACCAAUGGCGACAAUGGCGAUGAAGACGAGGGCGGGGCAGGGAAACCGAAAGGACAUGUCAACACGGAUGGCGCGUGGUGCUGGCGGGAGAACUGUGAAGCGGUGCAGAGGACGGCAGAGACCAUGAUGAAUGUGGCUGACUUAUUCGAUGAUCAUGCAAGACAGGAACAGCUUGCAACUCACGAAGCACUCAAGAGCGUGGCUCAUCCUGCCACUGUGUAUGCACCAGUCAUUGACACCCAUCGGUCGACCCUGUCGCGAUACCAAGAGUCGAUACGUGAUGGGCAGGAAGACGAAGAGAUGGCAGCCCGCUGCGAGACAGUGUUGAACACGACGAUGGCAGAGAUGGACACAUACCACACGCAGAAGGUCGAGGACUUCCAGACGCUCGCGAAGGAGCACCUCGACGGCGAGAUCGCGCUGUACGACAGGCGCUCUCACACGUCAGCAGAUCUAACUCGUCUGCGUAACGCGCGGGCAACGUUCGAUGAUCCCACCUAUGCCUCCCUCAGCCGCGGGCCGAACCCGCCGUCCAUGUACGAGCGCGAGCUCGAGAAUCCCCGCCUGAACCCUCCGCCGCUGACGCAGCCGUGCCCGCACGUAUUCGAUUCGGCGCCAAUCCGACCGGUGAGUGUGGCCAUCCAGGAAGGCAUGGGUAUGCUUUUGGGAGGUGGUGGCGCUCCUGGGAGGAGCAGUGUAUUUGGAAGAUUAUGGUCACCUUCCAGUUGAGACACGAUGCACGAUAUACUUACCUGUGAGCACUGGGUGCUAGCAGCUCUGCAGCGUCAGCCAUUACGAUACCCGCAAUCUUUCAUCCACGUGCACCAUUUUAU